GAGGGUGUCAAAUCUAGCAGCAGCCAUGACUGUGGCCCCGCUCGUGGUGUAUGCGGGGUUCUAUCUGUUUCUCGUCUUCUUCGCUAUCUGUCUCGCAACCGGUCUGUACUAUGUAGCCGAGAUUGUAGAGGAGUAUACUCGAUUGACACGUAAAGUUAUCAACUACACCAUCAAGGUUGUCAUCGGGAUCCAUUUGCUACUUUUAGUAUGGGAUCGUUUGCCCAUUUUAUGUAUAGCUUUCGGGGUUGGAGCUCACGUGUUCUACUACCGGAUGCUGAAGACAUUUCCCUAUAUUACACUCACAUCCGUUGACUUCAUUGGCAGUGCCUGUCUCCUCGUCAUCAGCCACUUGGUCUGGUUCCAGUUCUUUUUGCGAGACCCUCGCUGUGCAUAUGUCAGCGUAGAGUGGAUGUUGGGUUUUAUGCUGAUCAUGCUCUGGAUCGUGCCGUUUGCGUUCUUCAUCUCUCUGGCGGCGAACGAGAGUGUACUUCCGGGUGCCGGAGGUCCUUACCCGUACCAAGGUUACUCCCGUCUUGAAAUGGGGGAUGUUGCUGAGAAGAUGUACCGAGGUCUUGAAAGGGCUUAUAGUUUCUCUUUCAAUUUCUUUACCAGCUACCUCAAGAAAAUAGUCUAUGUCUGUCAAUGAAGGAACUGCCUGACGAGGGUUGAUGCAGAGUCGUCUUCGUCCGGAUCCAAUGCCCACUCUCACUCGAGUGGUGGAGGCAGGAGAACGCGGAGUACAUUCCUGAACUUCUUCAACUUCGUGAGAAAGAAAAAGGAUGUUCUUCUACCUCAAGUGACAUCGCGACUUCCAUCUCAGUACCUCGGGCAAGGUUCAAACUCCAAAGCAUACUAGGCCAUCGGAGGGCCGCAUUCUUUAGUCCAUGUGUCGCAGUAGUUUUUGUCGUGGAGCUGUAUAGUACGAGACCGCUCAGUUGCCGGUCUCCUCGGAAAGGAAAGAUGAAGUUAUCUCUUCACUUCAGCAGAGAGGGGUGGGCUUGCAAAUUCGCAGUUGUACAUAGGUACUCGAGUUUGAUUGACACCUUUCUUCAGAGCAUGGGUGGUUUUAUCAAGGGUCUUGUGGUAUAUGGGUUUCCUACUUUCUUUAUCUAACCAUUUACGGAUCCUAGCGUCUCGUGGAGGAAGUCCGCUAGCUGAAAUUAUUAUGGAAAAAGUGAAGACGAUGAUUCAAAAGACGGUGUUUACGGAAGUGGGCACUCCAUAAUCUGGAGGAAGUUUUUCUAGACACGGGCAUGAAAAACAAUUGUUGAUUCAUAUGUAUUAUUCGGAAAAGAACAAAGGUUUCUGGCG